AGAGUAAACAUGGCGUCUACAGUAAGGAGAGAUGAUGGAGAAACAAGGUCCCUUGUGCAGAUAAACUCCCGGUUUCUUUUAGUUCGGGUUGUCCUAGUAUGUUGUUUUCUGGUUCUGCCUGUUCCAGCCAAACGGGACAGCCUGAAAGUGAUCACUGACAGUAACUGGGAGGAAAUCCUGGCAGGAGAAUGGAUGAUUGAAUUUUACGCUCCAUGGUGUCCUGCAUGCCAGCAGCUGCAGCCCGUGUGGAAUGAAUUUGCAGACUGGGGUGAGGACAUGGGGGUCAACAUUGCUAAAGUGGAUGUGACUGAGCAGCCUGGACUGAGUGGCAGGUUUAUCAUUACAGCUCUGCCAACCAUCUACCACUGUAAAGCUGGAGAGUUUCGCCGUUACCAGGGUGCACGUACUAAAGAUGACCUUUUGAGCUUCAUUGAUGAGAAGAAAUGGCAGAGCACUGAACCAGUUUCCUCCUGGUUUGGCCCUUCCUCUUUCCUGAUGAAUUUGAUGUCGGCUCUGUUCAAGCUCUCUCUGCUCAUCAGGCAAUGCCAUAACUACUUAACGGAGAUGGGAAUUCCUGACUGGGGAUCAUAUGUGAUUUUUGGCUUGGCAACACUCUUUUCUGGACUUGCUCUAGGACUGGUUCUGGUGUUCUUCGCUGACUUUGUCUUCCCAUCACGCCGUUUCUCUUCCCCGGCUUACUAUCAGAAGAAGCAUGCAAUGGAGCAGGCCCGCCUUCGUCAGCAGUUGGAGGAGGAGCAGGAAGCCGACGGAGAGGAAGAGGAAGAUGAAGACGAGUACGCUGGGAGAGAGGAAGAGUGGAGAAAAGACAACCCAAAAGAAGAUGCUGUGAGGAGAAGAGUAGUCGGAGGAGGAGAGGAAGAAGACACCUAGAGAUGAGGAGGGGGACUGUGGACUACAACCAAGCACUGACCAAAUUGCUCCAGAAAUGCCCAUGCCAUCAUGGCAGCGCUCAUGGGCCUCCAGUGCUCUUACAGUGUGCUUACCCUAAAUCCCUUUCCUCUUUUCCUCAGCUCCACCUUGCUUUCCUAGACAGAGGAGGGUGGGAUGAAGGUAGGAAGGGAGUGUGAGAGACCAACAAGAAAACAGGAUAUGAUUGAUUAACCUUUUAAAGGCUCUGUAUUGCCUGUCUGUGCUUUCAGUAAACUGGUACCUGUUUGAGCUUGACUGUCGACGACCAUUGGAAGCAGUUUUAGUUUUUUUUUUCUUGUCACAUUUAUGUCUGGUACCUUUUUGAGUCUAUUUGUUUAUGUGAAAUGUGUUAGAGCUAGAUGUACUAAACCUAAUCCAUUUAAUUUUAGGCAGAGUUAGGUCACAUUCUGUGCAAAAUAUGUUGGGUUUUAUAUAUAAAACUAGCAAAAUGCAGAAGCCAAAAUGCUGUUUUCCUACCAAAAAAGGGAAUGUUUUUACAAAAGUUAAGAUACAUGAAGUGCACCUCCUCAUUUCCAGAAAGGUUGGGACAUUUUGUGAGAAUCUGUGAUUUGUUAAAUCUCUUGAAUCAAUUUUUUUCACUGAUAGGCUUCAUUGUAUUUUGUAAAUGUGAACACAUUUAGAAUUUGAUUCCCGCAACACAAUCCAAAAAGUUGGGACAGAUGCAGGUUUAGCACUGUUUUCCAUCAGCUUCAUUUUAAUAAAGUCGGUUUGGGAACUGAUGACGCUAAUUGUUGAUGUAGAAUUUUUGUCCAUUUUUGCUUGAUACUUGAUUCUCCACUCCGCGAUGCUCCGUUCGUUUUCAAUAGAAGAAACAUCUGGACUGCAGGCAGGCCAGUCAAGCACACAUACUCUGUGUCUGCCUCACAUUGUUUUGCUGAAAUAACCUCAGACUUCCCGGGAAAAGACGUGGCCCUGAUAGCAGCAUGUUUUUCUAAACAUUGGAAAUCUCUUUCUUCAGAAUGUCCUAACCGACUUUUUCUUAUUCUCCCAUACUUUGUUGGACUUGCUCAUGAGGCAUCGUCUCGUGCAUGGAGAGUGAUGUUCUGAUCUCUGCCCACUCACACUUCUGCCUCAGGCAACUAAACAGAGUCCUUACACAGCCUUUCCCCACACAGCAGACUUUAGUGGCCAGUUUUGUCUGCAUCAGGCACUGUCAGUUGGGCCCGCUAGGCGGCGCCCAGCAGACCGGUAGCAGAGCUGAGAUUCAAACUCGAGGAGUUCAGAAUCUCAGCACUGGUGCGCUAGCGGACCACCUGGGCGCUCGCUGUUAAAUUUUUUGGACUAGUUCUAUGUUGACCUGAUGGCAUUACAUAAUUAUGCAGGUCUGUCAGCUACACAUAUAUGUUGUGAAUUUCCUGUUCUACCACAUCCCAAAUAUGCUACUGCCACUGUUCAGACACCUGAUUGACAAAAUAGAUAUAAAUAAGCAGAUGAAAAUGCAGGCGUUUCUGCCAAGUUGUUGAGUGUAUAUUCACAAUACGUAAUUCAUGGAGGGCCACUGCUGACCACAAAAAGCAUGAACUACUAUUUAGUAAUUUAUUUUGUACAAUUUAUUACAUACGUUUUUACAUGAAACCCUUUUCCUGUUAAUCUAAUGGCAACUUGGUUAAAUCAAUGCUAGCCACACCUUAAAUCAUUAUAAAAUUCCAUUCCAUUUCAUUUAAAAGAUUAAAUUUGUCAGUAAAUUUAUUUCCACCUCAGUCGUGAUGUUUUUUGAUGGCAAUGUGCUUGUUUUCACUCCUUUUUUGGCAGAUUUUAAGUGGAAUGCUAGUAAUAGGUGGUGCCAGCUAAUCUUUAGUUAUUUUGGAUGUCUUUCAAGGUCUGAUUAUGGUGAACUGAAAGCACAAUUUGUGCUUCAUUUUCUUACUUUUGUACAUCUCCCCUUAAUAAGUGCAUUUGUAGUUGUUUGUUUGGUUUUAGCAGACGUUUGUCUUUUGCUUCUAUAAAGUUUUAUUUUGUGUGUUAGUGUGUGUAUGAUGCACAUGUAGUGCAUCAUAUGUAUAUGAUGAUGAGACCAGCUGCUUCAUUAAAAUGUGACUCAAUGAUGGUUUGUCAGUAUUUGCUGGAGAAAAGCAUCGGUGUGCCGUUUUCCCUGAAAGCUUAUGAUGUGUUAUUUCAAAUAAAAGGGAGUUUAAUGCUUCCCCCAACAUG